AUGGAUGCAGAUGAGAAGUUGGGAGGCUUACCUGUGACACAGAUGGAAAUAACAGAUUUUGUGCAAUGUACAAAUGCUUGUGCAUUAAAUGAAAUCAAAUUCAAAUGCAGUUCAUACACAUGGUGGAAUGACAGAAUCGAGGAAGAGAGUAUUUUCAAAAGACUUGAUAAGGUAUUUGGCAACAAUGAACUGAUGAGUUUAAUACCUAACAGUGAGGUACAUCAUCUGAUAAGGCAAGGGUCAGAUCAUGCCCUACUACAUGUGAUUGGUAAUAGCUUACAAGAAAUAGUGACAAAACCGUUGAAGUUUUUAAACUUUUGGACUAAGCAAAGUGAAUUUAAAAAGGUUGUGGAAGAUAACUGGAAUGGAGAAGAGAUUAAUGGGAAUCCUUUCAAAAUGAUUCAUAGUAAGAUAAAGAGAAUUAAGUCUAUCUCAACACAGUGGAGUAGAAGAACAUUUGGGGAUAUUUUUCAGAGAAUUGCCACUUUAGACGACACCAUUAAAGUUAUGGAAAUACAGAUGGAGAUUACACCAACAACAGAAAACAAAGCCUUACUUCAUAAGGCAGAAGCUGAGUUAAAAAUAUAUAGACAUAUAGAGGAGGAGUUUUGGAGGCAAAAGGAAGGAAUGAAGUGGUUCAAAGAAGGUGAUAGAAAUACCAAGUUCUUCCAUGCUUAUGUAAAAGGGAAGAGGAGAAAGCUACAAGUUGUCGAUAUUCUUACCAACCAGGGGGACAAAAUAUCUACUACACAAAAUAUAGGGGAAGAAGCAGUAAAUGCCUUUAGGGAGAAGUUUCGGGAGAAUCAAGAGACCACAAACUAUGAUAUGCUGGAAUACAUUCCUACCCUAAUAAAUGAGGAACAAAAUGCUGAUAUGGGAAUAAUGCCUACUGAAGAUAAGGUCAGAAUGGUGGUUUUUACUCUAAAUGGAGAGAGUGCUAGUGGGUCUGGUUUUUCAGGCAAGUUUUUUAAGAGCUGUUGGGAUAUUGUUGGUAAUGAUAUGACUAAUAUGGUGAAAGCUUUUUUCUGUGGACAAGACCUACCCAGGUACAUUACACAUACCAAUUUGGUGCUCAUACCAAAGAAGAAGGUGGUAGUAUCUUAUGGGGACCUUAGGCCAAUAAGUCUAAGUUUUGUCAAAGGAAGAAGCAUAACAGAGAAUGUGUUAUUGGCCCAAGAGAUAGUAAGAGAUAUAAACCUGAGAAACAAACUACAUAAUGUGGUGGUAAAGUUAGACAUGGCAAAGGCAUAUGAUAGGUCUUCCAGAGGGCUGAAACAAGGAGACCCAUUAUCCCCGACUCUGUUCAUUAUUAUAGUUGAGGUAUUGGCAAGAGGACUUAACAGUUUGUAUGAAGAUUCAGAUUUCAAAGGUAUAAAUAUGGAGGACAUGCACUUACAACAACUUAUUAUUCAAUGGUGGAGUCUAGAUGCCAAUCCUAAACUUCAACUAUUGUAUAGAGCAGUCCCAGCAGUCAUUAGGUGGACAAUAUGGAAAAGGAGAAACAACUUGAAACAUGAAAAAACGGUUACAUUUGAUAACAUGGUGGAGCAGGUAGAAAAGAUGUUGAGGAAGCUAUUAAGAGGAGUUUAUCCUUGGAUAAGACCAGAAAAAGCAAAUUGGCCACACCUAGUAGCAAAAUUGCAGAACUAUAAGCCCAAGAUAUAUCACCACAGUGUAGUUUGGCAAAGGCCAGAGAGAGACAAAGUAAAAUGCAACACAGAUGGUACAAGUAAAGGUGACCAUGGGGAACACAUAGGCUGA